AUGCACUGGGGGAGAGAGGAGACCGCCGAGCUGGAGGAUUCGAGCUUGGGGGGCCAGAUCAUGAUCGCGGGGCUGCCAGUGGUGGGGAACCCCGGGCUCCCCGCUCAUGGGAAGACUCAGGCUGCAGUUUGCAUCAUCCUUGGGCGUGGGGUUGACCUCGAAGAACAAAUUCGAAGAAAACAGGAGGAGGAGCGGGUGUUGGCCAAUCGCCCGGGCGGGCAUAAAGUGGCGGCCGGCCCGCAGGACUCCCAGGCGGGUGCUGACACCCCCAGCCGGCGCGGGCGAGAGCUCGGGCACCCAGCAUGUCUGGUCCUUGGACUCCUGUUGCUGUGCACGGAGGCCAUAGGAGUCGGCCCCAGCGAGUACAAAGCCUUCUACCAGCUGCAGCAGCAGGCCAGGAUCCUGAAAGACACCAGCAAGCUCCUGGAGCCCUAUAUGCGAAUCCAAGGCUUGGACAACCUGGACCUUAAAGGGGCCUGCAAGGAGCGCCCAGGGGCCUUCCCCGGCGUGGAGGCCUUGCAGAAACUCAGCAAACAGGGCUUCCUGCAAACCCUGAACGCCACGGUGAGCCUCGUCCUGCACAGACUGGCUGCCUGCCAGCAGGCAGCCCAUCUCACCACUGAGAGCCAGGACUGGAAGGAGCUGUGCUUUGCAGAGCGCUACCUCCUCGGAAUCAGAAACAAUAUCGUCUCCCUGACCCGGCUCCUCAACGGCUCCUCAGAGACGGCCGCCACCCCUCGGGUCGACCCGGGGGCUUUGCCUCCGCCCACCCUCUCUCAAGACAGCUUUCAGGUCAAGUUGGACGGCUGCAAGUUUCUGCAAGGUUUCCAUCACUUCAUGAGCUCGGUGGCACACGUCUCCGGCAAGUGGGCGGAGCCGCCGAGGCGGAACCGGAGACACAGCCCCUGCUGGGCCCUGCGGGGACGUGCUCGCAGGAUGAGACCCGCCCUGCGGGGACAGCCUCACGGGACAAGGCCCUCCAGGAAGGCCAAGAGGCCUGUGCUCAGGAGACUGCUUCCCCGGUAA